GCUUGGGUAUAGCUUCUAUACUUAUCGGCGGCACAUACCCCCACACACAAGAACAAACUUCUGGUUGAUUUGUAAACAGAGUCUAUGUACACACAUACCGUGUUUCUUAGUUAAAUACACAAGUGGUUGGUGACUAUCCAUUCUCAUGUAAAUCAAAAUAUAUUUAACUUCUACAGUCAAUCAUCUUAAAUAUUUUCUCUGAAGAUACUGAAAACUGUCCAAAAUUUUUGAGCGGUUUGUUUGCCUGUUCGAAUGAGUAAGCACUACCUAUAAGCACUGAAAUAGAAUCUUCGAUUGAAAGGGACAGUAACCCGAGAUAAACAGGUAUUCUAUCCUAGAAUGUAAAAGAUGGAACGAGCCAUACGGAGUCUCUAGGUGGUUGCUCAACUUGCAAGAAAUAGUAACCAAAUCUCUCUUAAAUCAGACCCUAUUGUCUUAAAAAAGGAAGAACAUAGGUUUGUGUAGUCUGAGAUAAACUGUCUAAAAAGACGAGGUAGCCACGGCUAGAAUGCUUUUCAACAUAGGUUUUCUGAAGGCUAAAUAAUUGUAAUGAUGGGAUAAACAACGCCUCGCCUAAUUCAUAAAAACCAAAAAACCCCCGCAUUUUUAGAUAUGUCAACGUCUUUGGUGAAACGAUCAUGUUAGGUUCGAUGAGGUAAUUCCAGAGCUUAAACACACAUUCUCUAAAUAGGUUUUCAUUGAAUCACAAAAAUGAAUGAAUUACAGAAGUAGCUGGCUUUACGCCAAAGAAAAAUCACGUUUUUUACUCCUUUCUUCAUUUCUUUCGGAAUAGUUAUUGUUAUUAUUUUUUAUAAGAAGUUUGUUGGUGGGGCGGAUUGUUAUUGGCGCCUUGUUAAGUCACACCCCGAACGGUAAGGUUAACUGACCGAAAGGAACAUGAAUAUUAAACAGGUCAUGUGAUCGAGUCUGUUGCUGACAGAAUUCAUCUGCCUCACAAGUGUUAUUAAAUCUACCGACAGCUGCUAAGGCAGCAACAAGCGGUUUUCUCGCUUCGCUGUAUAUUCUAAGCUGCUGUAAAACAUCAAUAUGAAGCUUGAAUAUUUCUAUGAUAAAAAACUUAUUCCACUUUCUGACAAAAACAAAUUAACCAAAUGUAACCAAAUCACUACUCGGGUAAUCUUUAUCUUCAUCCUCUUUGCUGGAUUAUCACAAAUUGGUCUUGGAAUAGGACUCUUACUCUCAUGCCGCAGCAAUCUAGAAAAUAUAUCCUGUGCCUUCUCUUUAAAGGCCCAUCCAUGCACUGGAUUAGUGAUACCAACCUACCUUGGUUGUUUGGUUAUUUGUAUUGCUCUAUUUGGAUUUGGAUUUCUUGGACGCCGAGCUACUGCUAUCUUACUAGCUAUUGCUAUGACUGCAGAAAUCUACUUUGGUUUAAUGUCAAUCUAUGCUGAACCAGUUUUAUUUACUGACUAUUUUCGAGUUUUUAAUUCAGUCCAAAUAUGCCCCCAGAAUUCCUCCAGCCCAGAUAAUCUUAUAAAGUGCUGGAAUGGCAUCACACAAUUAUACCCAUAUUGUUUUAUCUACAGAAAUUUAAUAAGGACAGACUGUAUGCAAGGAUAUGAUCUUUAUUUCACACAAUUUAAUGAAACUUUAUCAUCAACAAACAUUGAACCAUGUGUCACUGAUAUUAGCAUGGCUGUGAGUUCCAUUUAUACAGGUUAUCGAUAUUUUGCAGGUCCUCUUAUGUUGCUAAAUGCCACGCUCUGUCUUUUACUAGUUCCAGGUUUAGAUUUCUUAUACCAACAAAAUAUAGAACUGAAUGAAUCUCAUGUGGUUUCAGGACCAAAAGAACUUCAAAGACAAAAUAUUUCUUCAUCUGUAUGAUCCUCUUUCUACAUUUGUAAAUUAUCGUUUGAAUAUGGAAAGAAAAUUUACAUUUCACAAUAAAAAUGGUCUCAUCUAGCAGACAAAAUUAAACAGAGAAGUACUGGAAAUACAUCUCAUUAAAAUAUUUAGUACUCUCUUCUAAAUAUCCUUGUUCCCAGCUGUUAUGAAAAGACUCUCUCUCUCUUUUGGAAUGGGAGCCAAUAUAAGGGUGAUCUUAUAUUAUAUAAACACUAAGAAAAUAUAUCAGUUUUCAGAUGACAUCAGCAUAUUAAUAGCUGAAGCUAACAACAAACUGGUCUGAUAUAGAGAACAUAUUAUUUAUUUCACAUCAUGCAUGUUCUGGAUUUACAUACUGUUAAACUAAAUCAGAAUGUGCAAAAGUCAAGUGACUUCAGAUCUAUGUCAAAUUUAUAUAUCCUAUAAUAACUAAGGGAAAAUAGCUUAUUUGUUGAAAUUAAAUUCUUGGAAAGAAAGCAUCUACUUUAUUGGUCUCUAGUACUAAUUAAUGAAGUACUGAUGUUGAAGUAAUCAUUGAUUCAUUAUGUGUCACAUGUCAUAUAUAAUAAGUUGAUACAGUUCAGAAUAUGUACAUAUAAACUAUAUAUACAUACUUAAAGUUGUCAGCUACUACUUCCAUUGUAUGUAGUAGCAUUGCCUUUGCUUCAAACUGGCCUGGUUUUGCGGAUUAUUUGAUACAUUUUAGGAAGAUUCCUUCUGAGGUAUCAAUGUCACUAUUACUGAUAAUCAAAACUGGAUAAUUUAUUGUCAAAUGAAUAUUCUUUCACAAACCCACCAUUAUCUGAUUGGACUUUAAAACUGAUUUAUUAAAAUAAUAUUUCAUUUAUAUUUCAAAUGUUCUGAAAUUGAAAUUAUUAUUGCUCUCUCUCCCCCCCUCUCUCUCUUUCUCUGCCAGUGGUAAAGUGACAGAAUCAUUAAAGCAUUA